UUUAGAGCACGCCUAUAGCGCCGUUUUCUCGGUAAAAGUAUGUUAAACGCUCACCGGGCGUUGCGGCGCGAUAUUACUAAACUGAGAAUAAUAUUGACGGCGACCAUGUGCGAUGAUAUACCUCAUUUGAAACGCAUAUUCGAAGAAUGCGUGAAAUCGGUUCAACCGGAGAAGUUGAUUAGAACCCAAGUCGGCUUGAGAGAGCGCCACCUGUGCGUCAACGGCCAAACUUUUGAGUUGAAGCGUCCGUGUCACGUGGUGGGAUUCGGCAAGGCGGUUAUGGGAAUGGCGUUGAAGAUCGAAACGAUUCUCGGCCCCGAUCUGCAGAGGGCGGUCGUAACUAUUCCACAAGGCCUCAUCAGCCGCGCGGCAGAGAAGAGUCGUGUGGAAUUCAUAGAGGGUGCUAGGAACAACUUGCCCGAUGACGCGGCGAUGCGGGGGGCCUUGGAAAUAAAAAACCUAGCGGAGGGCUUAACCGAGGACGAUUUAUUAAUCGUUUUAAUAUCAGGUGGAGGAUCUGCUUUGUUGCCACUACCGAAACCGCCGGUGACUCUUCAAGAGAAAUUGACUCUGGUUAGAGACUUGAGUCGCAGUGGAGCGGAUAUAGCUGAAUUAAACACCGUGAGGAAGCAAUUGUCUUUAUUAAAAGGUGGUGGUCUGGCCAAAAUAGCUUACCCGGCCAAGGUGGUGUCCCUCGUAUUGUCGGAUGUGGUUGGUGAUCCUUUGGACGUCAUCGCCAGUGGCCCGACUGUGCCAAAUCGGACCACAGCCGACAACGCUGUCCGGAUACUGGAAAAGUACUCUCUAUACGCCACGACGUCCGACCGCGUCAAGUCGGCGCUGCUGAAUCAAUUUGGCGAGGAGCCGGUCACGCGAUUCCCUCACGUGACCAACUUUGUUAUUGGCAACAACGCGAUAGCGUCCGCCGCGGCGGUCAAAGCCGCCGCCUGUUCGGGAUUUCAGGCGGUCGUCGUCUCUAAUCGCGUCGAAGGGACCGUCGAUGACGUAGCCAAAUUGUACGCGACUCUGGCACGCAAAGUGAUGGAGGCGGCGACGGCGGACGCGGCCAAAACUGAUCUGGAGGGGUUUCUGACGAGGUUGCCGUGGAAAACGGAAGAGGGAGCGGUGGAACGCGUGUUAAGGUGGGAUUUUUCGCGGAAGAUGCUUUUCGUGUUCGCCGGCGAGACGACUGUGGUGGUGACCGGGGGCGGCACGGGGGGCAGGAACCAACAAUUAGCCCUCGCCUUCUCGAUCGCGCUUAAUAAUGCAGAAACGGCCGACGUUUCGUUUCUUAGCGGCGGCACUGACGGGAUCGACGGGCCGACGGAGGCGGCGGGUGCCGCCGCCUACGGCGGCAUGGUGGCUGAUUGUUCCCGGCAGGAUAUCAACCCCCGGGAUUAUCUGGAAAAUAACGACUCGCACGGGUUUUAUUCAGCGUUUGACGGUGGUCGGUUUUUGGUAAAGGUCGGUCAUACCGGCACCAACGUUAUGGACAUGCAUCUACUGGCCGUCAGUCCUGGACAUUAGACGCGUUUAUUUUCAUUUUAAUUUUUAAUAAAUAAGGGCACUUAAUGAUUUGUUUAAUAACUUAAAUGACUAGGCAUUAAAAAAAAAGAAUGUCUAAGAAUACCAAACCAACCAAACAUUGUCUUCAAUAAUUAACAUUUUCAGAGCGCUUCUAUUCUGGAUCGUUUGUUACACCUUUUAAUACAUCUCAGUCAACUAUUUCCAGAGUUGUAUUUAACGUAAUUAGAAAUAUUGCGAUCACACAUCGUUGAAAUGCCGCUCUCUAAAUAAAGAAAUUCGAGAAAUAGAUCAUAAUACAAAACUUUUAUUAAAUUGUUGGACUUCUCUUAAACCUAUUUUUUCAGCUUUAUCAAAUCAUUCACAAACGUGGAACUAUUGGUUCUUUUUCGAAUGCGUAGUGUGGUAAUUGUGUUUAAACUUGAUUAAAGUUACAUAAAACUUAGCUUUAUUUCCCAGCUUCUACCGCGAACAGCCGUUGGAAAUACAAAAUAAUCAUUCAAUCAGAUUUUGGUUAUUGUAAGAAUUGUUCCUUCAAACAAAAGAAAAGAACAGCUUGUUUUAAAAAAGUGCCACCAUGAUUAAUAAUUAAUCUUCGUAACCGCUUAUUUCUAAUCACUCAAGAAAUCGCUUCCUGAAUUUUGGUUAGUUAAGAACCACCCUAUUUAUUAC